CGUUUACGCGUGCGCACAAAAAACCAGCUGCCGAGAGGUUUGCUAGUUUGCACGAGGUGGGAGCGAAAUGGAGGACUCGUUUUCCACUCAAGAGUCGGCAUUACCCGCCACCUCUAGUGAGCUGACCUCACUAGAGCAGUUGGACAAAAAGCAAAUUAGAAAGGCAGUGGAAGCUUUGUUGACACAGUCGAAAUCCAGGAAGAACAAAAAUGGAUUGCUUUUAAAUGAAAAUGAAAGUUUAUUUUUAAUGGUGGUGCUGUGGAAAAUUCCAGGAAAAGAACUGAAGGUCAAAUUGUUGUUGCCUCAUCAUAUUCGAUCAGACUUGUCAGAAAUCUGUUUAUUUACCAAGGAUGAACUCCAGUCAGCUGAACAGACAGAACGCUUCUAUAGAAAGCUUUUGAACAAGCAUGGAAUUAAAACAAUUUCUCGGAUUAUCCCUUUCCGAACUUUGAAAACAGAAUAUAAAGCUUAUGAAUCCAAGCUCCAACUCCUAAAUAGUUUUGACUUCUUCCUUACUGAUGAAAGAAUUAGGCGACUUCUGCCCUCACACAUAGGGAGACAUUUCUAUCAAAGGAAAAAAGUUCCAGUAUCUGUAAACCUUCUGGCCAAGAAUUUAUCAGAAGAGAUCAACAACUCCCUAGGUGGGACUGUCUUAAACAUCUCCAAAAGUGGUUCUUGCAGUUCUGUACGCAUUGGUCACACUGGAAUGCGGGCUCAAGACAUCACUGAAAACAUUGUUGCUGUGGCAGAAGGUCUUUCAAAAAAAUUGCCAGAGAAGUGGGAAAGUGUGAAACUCCUGUUCGUGAAAACUGGGAAGUCAGUUUCCCUCCCCAUUUUUUCUUCGUUUGUCUCUUGUCAGAAUGAAACCAACAAAAUGUUAAUUCGUAAGCUGAAGGAAAAAGAGGCUAAGAGAAAAGAGAAAGAACAAAAACUUCGUGAAAAACGGAAGUUGAAGAAGGAAAAGAGAAAGUUAAAGGGAAAAGCUAAGAAGGUUACAUCAGUCCUAACUAAAGGUGGCGUGGCACCUCAAACUAAAGGUGCUUCUGCAAAGAGCCGUAGGUCCCAGAAGAAAAAGACUGGGAAAGUAAAAACCCAAGUUAAAGUGACCAAUGAAUCUGAUGAUGAAAUUCCACAACUGGUACCAAUAGGCGAAACUCCAGUAAAAGAAAAUGUUGAGGUACAGAAACAUAUCACAGGGAAGAAGUCUCCAAAAAAGAGUCCUGGUCCCAAAACACCUCAGGGCAAGAAAAGAAAGGCUCUGCCAGUUCCUGAGAUCCCAGAUGCAGGUCCAGGGAAGAAGCCAAAAAUGGGACAGGAGAAGCAAAGAAAAUCCUCACCAGGAAAGAAAGAUCUGAGACAGACUCCAAAAAAGCCAGAGGCCAAGCUCUUCACCACUGCUAAUAAAUCUACAAGGAAAGCUCCCCAAACCCCUAAACAAUUACCAAAAGAAUCCAAAGUGCCCCAGUCAGCCUAAAAUCAGUGACUCAACCAAAAGAAAACACUAGAGUUACUUGAGGGCUGUUGGAAAAUCUUUGGGCCCUGGGCUUAGUCUGCUACACCAUUCAAACUAAAUGAGUAAAAUAAAAACACUCAGUUCCUGAUCCACCAUUGCAGCCUUCAAAAGUGAGGGAUGAGCUGGGCAUGGUGGUGCAUGCCUGGAAUUGGAAUCCCAGCACUCUGGGAAGCUGAGGCUGAAGGCAUGUUGCAAAUUGGAGACCAGCCUGGGCUACAAAGUGAGCUAAAGGUCACUUUGAAGUACACAGAAAGACCCUGUCUCAAAAAAAGCAUGAAUCUAAAUCUUUUUUUAAACUACAAGUAACUCUUGACAUGUAUCUAGUUAUAAGAAACAUUGCUUAAAAUUUUUUCAUUGCUCUUUUGUGUAAUUGCUAAUGUUGGGCAAAAAUUAAUGCUCCUUUGUGUUUGUCAUUUUUAUUAGUAAAGUGUCAUGUUUGCUUCUUGAGUAAA